AUGCAAUCGUCGGACACGACUCGCAGACCUGGGUCGCGGCGCAAGCCUGAACUCAACAUCAACACAUCGGCGGCGCCGCCAAAGACAAGCAGGGACCGGGACGCCAUUCCGCAGACGCCUCCCGGUCGAUUGCCGCCCACGUCGUCAAAAGCAAAGGCUGCUGCAUCGGCAUCUGCACCUGGGGGCCGGGCGCUUAGGGCCCCGACAUCAACGAGGGACGCCGACAUGGAAACAUUUCUCGAAAGCCUCACCCCCGUUCGCACACCCGUUCUCGACGUCUCAGGUAAAGACGCGGCCCGACCAGAACAGCCCCGCCCAAAUAACCACCGCGAUUCGCACGAUCUCUCCCUGCCGCCCCGUCAAGUUACGAGGGACUCGUUGGUCGCCAACAUGCUUCUCUCUCUCGACCAGUUCUCCAUGGGCCAGACAAGCGGCGGCCCCUUCGGCGCCCCGAGGCCCGACUUCGACGACCCGCCCAUCUAUCCGGCCGCGUUCGGCAAUGACGACGGGCGAACAAUGUCAUUCAACUCGAGGUCGGGCCGACCCAACAAUGGCCACACCUACUCAUACAGUUCAGACCUCGAGGGCGCAGAUGAUGCGAGCCGAAUAUCCUCGCGAGGACGCCGCAGUAAUAGUAGCUCUGCCUUCCAGUCGAGUCUAGGCCGCAUUAAUAGUGUGCGCGAGACGACAAGCCACCAACGGGGCAUACCCGAGACCCCGAAGCAGCUCCAUUCUAGGGGCGGGAAGGGAAGCAAGAGCAGCAGUACGAAUAGCAUCGAUGCGGGCUACGUCCAGGUCCUCAGCAGCCAGCGUUGGGCUCGCGGGUUUGGCGGAAGAUCGUCGAGUUUCGACGCAGAAGAGCCGCGCACAGAGCCACGGCUGGUGCCCGCACCACCCUCGCAGGCACAGGCGCAGGGCCAGUCGCGCUCGCCAUGGCACAUCGAAUUCUCCAAUUCCUUUUUUAGCAACGACGGCUACGAUGCUGCGCCUACGCCCAACAUCCCGGCAGGCCCCCGGAGGCUGGCAACGGUCCCGUCCCUUCCGGUCUUGCCUCCGCCCGAGCCCAAGAUCGACACCAAGUCGUCAGUGUUAGAUCGCCGUCGCAGUACCAGGUCGUCGAGGAGUGCAACAGUUGGACGGAAGGCCGAGUCAAAGUUUAGCAGCGGGGGCGAUGUCCCACCUGUCCCCCAGCUUGAUCUCGAGUCAGCGCCUGCGCCACACGUCGGCUAUGAAAAGUCCAAGGAAGCGGCAACCCCGACAUCCGGGACAACACAACAAAAGGAGAAACCUGGCUUUUUCAGGCGCAUGUUUGGCUCAUCCAAGACAAACCAAUCAAGCGUGUCAUCGUCUGCGCAGGCGUCGUCUUCGUCCGUUGACAUGUCUGGGCCAAGGUCGCACCAAUUUGCGUCCCAAGCCAAGUCGUCGGCCCCGCCGUCGCGCGAGUCACACACGUCCGCCACACACACCUUACAGAAGAAGACCUCGUCGUUCUUUCGGCGGCGGAAAGUGUCAAUUACAGACUCGGAGCAACCGCCCAUACCCGCCGUACCAGCGUUGCCGACGGCUAAGCUCCCUCUCGAUAGGGUAGCGGCGCUCUCGGCCAAAUCCGAGCCGAGUCCCAUAACGAGUCUCCGGCGGGCAAUGGAUCCCUUCUUACAAGAAGGCUCAGCCACUGCCGAUGCUCUGACCCCAACCGACGGCCCACUGCCUUCGUUGGAGGCCUUUCCUUCGGCCGCCCCCCCCGAAGCGACACGCUCUCCCGAAGAUGACAGUGCAGAAGUUGAACGCCGGAGGAACGUCAGAGGCUUCUCGCCAGACUAUGAGCCGAGCCCACGGGCUGUGAUUCGCUCAGUCGACACCAACUGGGUCGAUGAUCCAGAUGCUACUGGUCCGCCCCAAAUACGGACGCCAACCGGCCAGUUCCCAGGACAUCCUGCAAACUCUCCGCCCAAGUCUUUCCUGCAGGACAAUAGCGAUAGCGAGGAUAGUCCACCGCGGCCGCAGAAGCCCGCCCCUCUAGCGAGAAACGACAGGAGUCUCAAGCCUGGGACGGAUCUUGACAAGAGAACAAGGUCACCUUCGCCUACUGUCUUCAAAGCAAAGAGCGUCCCGAAUCUUGGUCGAUCGCGGGAAGAGCAGAGACUUCCCCCGCGAGCGGAUCCCAAGUCUUACCCAGCCCCUCACUAUGCUAGCGACCGGAAUGCGACCAAUCUUGGCCUGCCUAUUGAGGGCAUCAUGUCCGAUGGGAGCCAUGCCGACUCUGCCGAGACCAUGUUCAAGCACGCCCCCAGCCUGCCCAGUUUGAGGAUCGACAGCGCCGAACCGAGUCCCUCGGGUUUUGGCACCAACGAGUCCAUCAACCAGUCCUCCAAGUCCUUUGAUGAACCGGACUUUGUGGUUGGUGACCCCACGGAAGACGAACGUCAAAAGGCGCAAAAGAUGUUUGAGGGGAGCGAGGAAUUCAUCCAGAAGGAGAAGGCAGCGGCCUGGAUGGGCGAAGAAGGCAUUGUCCGGCAGCGAACUUUGCGGGCUUAUAUGGAUCUCUUUGACUUUGAAGGACAGAGCAUUGUUGCCAGCCUUCGGCAAGUCUGCCACCGCUUGCUGUUGCGAGCAGAGACGCAGCAAGUCGAUCGAAUCCUUGUUGCCUUCACGAGGAGGUGGUGUGAAUGCAAUCCCAACCACGGCUUCAGGGCCGAAGACAUCAUUCACACCAUUUGCUAUUCGAUCAUUCUCCUGAACACGGAUCUCCACAUGGCUGACAUCGAACACAAAAUGACACGGAGCCAAUUCAUCAAGAACACAAUGACCACCAUCAGACACUCUCUUCAAGAGGUAUCGCCUGGAGCUUUUGACCGGCCAAGCAUUCUUCCUGGGAGGGGCUCGAGCCUCGGGGUUGACGGGGACCCACGCACAUCUGGAGACCACGAUCGACAUAAUAGUUUUAGGUCGUCGUUUAAGCCUCCACCGCGUCCCGGAUCGGCGCUCGGCACUGCCUUGGACCAGAUUAGUGGUGAUGGUUGUGGCCCUCUUGUCAAGGCACCUUUCGAAGGGUCGCUCCGAGGCUGGGAGUCGCAGGUUGAGAUCGUCUUGAAGGAUAUCUACGCGUCUAUUCGCGAUGACCGCCUCCCACUGUUUGGCGCCGAGGCGGCCCCCCACUUUCCGCCUACUCCGGGUGGACUUACAGUCAUGGGCAUGCUCAAGCGGAGCCCCAGCGUCCUUAGCAAGGCGCCAUCCGAGAGUGUUGCAUCUAUCCGGGGCAGGAUUCCUGAGACGGCAAAAACAAACGCCCCGAGGUGGGGUUCGAAGAGCCGCUCGAGGCCUCGGGGUCCUCCCAACGGGUUCUCAUCAAGCCGGACCAGCUUCGAUGAUAACAACUCUAUAUGGAGCCCAACCGAGUCAUCGGCUACCUGGAGCAAGGCAUCGCUCGGGCGCACCCACACUUCCAUGUCCAUGGACUCGUUCGGUUCUUCGUAUCCCCGAGGAGAAUUCCAGCAGUCUAUCGGCUUCGCCAACGCCCUCAGCCAGGCAAUCAUUCGCGAGGAUAACACCUUUGACGCCAGUGCCCCGUCUACAAAGGGAGAAGAUCUGAAGCCCGAGCAAUUACUGGAUGACGAGUCACUUGAAUUGGCUGGCCCCCCGUGGGUCAAGGAGGGCAUUGCUACGCACAAGCACCACCUCCAUGGCGCUGACAGGAAGGCCAAAGACCGAACGUGGACCGAAGUGUUUGCCGUCGUCCAAAAGGGACAAUUGAGCAUGUUCUCUUUCUCCCCCAACAAGUCGAUGCGCAGCAAGGGCCGCAUGAGGGGCCUUCCAAAAGGCGCCGUUGUCGGUGGUGGUAACUGGCAGGAGAAUGCCACUAAUCUAGGCACCUUCUCGCUUCAGCAGACGCUCGCAUCUUUCCUCCCCCCGCCUGGCUAUUCCCGGGCGAGGCCGAAUGUGUGGGCGCUCUCGCUGCCUUCUGGUGCAGUCCAUCUGUUCCAGGUUGGCACCCCGGAGAUCGCUAAAGAAUUUGUGGCUACUGCCAACUACUGGAGCGCGCGGCUCAGCACGCAUCCAUUGGUUGGCGGCAUCUCUAACGUCGAGUACGGAUGGAGCGAUGCCAUAAUAAACAAUGCGCUGGUAACGGCGAUAAACGAGAACGGGGGCGUGAACGCUGUUGGCAGACCCAGUACUGCGGUCGGCAGUAUCAAGGGGCAUUCGCGCCCCGGCAGCGGCGCUAAUUCCACUGCGCUUGCGGCCGUCGUGAGCCGUUCGUCGAUGCAGAGCCGCAGCAGCAUGCGGAGCUCGAGCUUCGACUUUGGCCGCCCUGGUAGCGGCAGUAGCGGCGUCUUGGGCGGCAUCGGCUCGGGGUCUCUGCCACGCCAUGGCAAGCUACCCGGAGACAGGGUUCACAUUGCCGAGUGGACGCCACCCACACUGAGCACGCGGGCUAGCAACGUUUCGGAGCACGACCAGCUAGGCUCGCUGCAAAGCUACGCCCGCAGUCUCGAAGCCGAACUUCAGGCGCACAAUAGCCUACGCAGUCCCAUGCUACUCGCCUUCACGCCACGGGGGAGUAAUGCUGCCAAGGCUAUGGCGAACUGGGAGCGCAGGAGCGAGUAUCUCCUGCGCGAGAUCGUCAAGUAUACGACGUAUAUCGACAACCUACAGGCCGCCGAAGUUCGCAAGGCUGAGAUAUACCUGGAGCGGGAGCGCGAGACGCCGCGCGGUGCUGCUUCAGGCGAAGACGAUAUGGGGAGCGAGGUUCCGACUCCCAAAAAGGCAGUUGAUGUCAGACAGGAGGAGAAUGGAAGAGGCAACACCGACGAGGAAAACGACGACACUGUCACACUCGAAGCUGCCGCCGCCUAA